AUGGAUUAUGACCUGUCGUGCAAAUGGGUUCACUGCUACAUGCUUCAUUUUCCCUUCAGCCCAAUCCUCAAAUUUGCAAGCAAACAAGAUUCAGCUCCUCCUACUAACUCCUUACAAAUUAUUAAUCACUCUCAACCUGCAGAUUACAGUAGGUCCGAUUGUGACUUGUUGAAUGGUAGUUGGGUUUUAGAGGAGAAGGGUAAUUCUCUGUAUUAUACAAACUUUAGCUGUCCAACAAUUCCUCAUUCGAAAAACUGUUUGUUGAACGGAAGGGCAGAUGAAGAAUUUAUGCAGUGGAGAUGGGAACCAGAAGAAUGUACGCUUCCCCGUUUUAAUGCUAAAACAUUUUUAACAUUUGUUAAAGGAAAGACGAUGGCGUUUAUAGGCGAUUCCCUCGCUAGGAAUCAUAUGGAGUCCCUACUCUGUAUUUUAUCUUCGGAAGAAAGUCCAACAGACAUGUACAAGGAUGUUGAAGACAAAUUCAGAACAUGGUUAUUUCCUCGUCAUAACUUCACUCUCAUGGUCCUCCGCACAGAAUUUCUUGUCUUUGCUACUGAGAGAGUUAUCAAUGGUUCAUUCACGGGCGGAUUUGACUUGCAUUUGGACAAAUUAAAUGGGAAUUGGACUCAACAUUUAACCAACAUAGAUUAUGUUAUUUUCUCAGAUGGACAUUGGUUCCUUCGACCUAAUUAUCUUUACGAAAAUGGAAACCUUAUUGGAUGUGUUUAUUGUGGGGAAGCAGGGGUUCAAGAUCUUGGCCCUGGUUAUGCCAUUCGAAGAGCAUUUCAAGCUGCUUUCAACUACAUAAACAAAUGCGUGGAAUGCUCAGGUAUUGUUGUGCUUUUGAGGACAUUCUCCGCUGGCCAAUUCGAGCAAGGAGCAUGGAAUGAAGGAGGAUUUUGCAACAGAACAAGACCGUUUACUAGAGAUGAAGUUAAAAUUGGUGAUCAAGAUUGGGAAUUUCGGAACAUUCAAAUCGAAGAAAUUGAAAGAGCAAGAAAAGAUGGAGAAAAAAAUGGUAACAUGUUUGAAGUUGUGGACGUGACAAGAGCCAUGUUAAUGAGACCAGAUGGACAUCCAGGAGCCUAUUGGGGCAAUAAAUGGAUGAAGGGCUAUAGUGAUUGUAUCCAUUGGUGUUUGCCAGGGCCGAUUGAUACGUGGAAUGAAUUUUUACAGGAAAUUCUUAGAAGAAAAUUCCCCAAUUUCCAUUGAUUUUAGUGAAGAAUAACAUUCUCAUUUUAUUCAA